AUGAACAAGAGACUUACUGAUGAAGAGCUGCUGAAUAUGCUGUUGUAUGACGAGAUUCCUUCAGAUGUGGACUCCAAUAUUGAUACUGAUGAUGACAAUAAUGAAGAUGAUUUUCAGCUGGAAACUUCCAAUACAGACAAUGUUCCCAUAUUUGACAUGACUCUACCUGAUGCCAUCAUUGAUGACGAUGGACAGCCAUCUUCUCCGACUGUAAAAUCAACUUCACCUGCCACUGUUCAACCUCUGGCAGACAACAUUGCAGCAUCAACUUCAUCUGGUACAGACGUUUUACUACCACCUUCACCUGCUACUAUACAACCAUCAACGCCUGCUGUAAGAAGUAGAAUUCCCCCUCAGUGGAGCACAAACUUUACUCCAUCAAUAAGUGAUAGUGUUUUUAAUCACCAGACAGGUCCUACUGAAAGAAUCACGAACUUAGUCAGUCCCUCCCCUUAUGACCUAUUCAAAACGCUCAUUGAUGAUGAAAUUAUUGACAGUUUAGUCUUCCAAACCAAUCUCUAUGCGCAGCAAUCAGGCAAAAGGUACAUCCCAACUGACAGAAAAGAGAUGGAAACAUUUCUUGGGAUUAAUAUCAUGAUGGGAAUCAAAAGAUUGCCCAGCUAUAGAAAUUAUUGGUCUUCAGAAAUUGACCUCAAUGAUGCAUUCAUCUCGAAAUUGAUGCCAUUGAACCGUUUUAGCUGGCUUCUUGGAAACCUUCAUUUGAAUGAUAACAGUCUACAACCCAGGAGAAGUGAUCCAACGUUUGAUAAACUGUAUAAACUUAGACCUUUUCUCAAUUCCAUUUCAAAAAACUUCUGUUCCUCAUUCAAACCAAAUCCUGACAUGGCUGUGGACGAAUCAAUGAUAAAAUUCAAAGGGCGGUCCUGUUUAAAACAGUACAUGCCCAAAAAACCAAUUAAAAGGGGCUACAAAGUUUGGGUGCUGUGUGACAAGUCCAGGUAUGCUUUAAAAUUUGAAAUUUACACAGGAAAAAUCGGACAGACUGUGCAAAAGAAUUUAGGAGAGAAUGUAGUGAAAAGGCUUGUGGAAGAGUAUCAAGGUUACAACUACACAGUCUACUUCGAUAACUAUUUCACAUCUUAUAACUUGAUGGAAGAUUUGAAAACUGCUAACAUCAAUGCAUGUGGGACAGUUAAUAAGAAGAGAAUAAAUUUACCGCAUUUCAAGGAUGAUAAGAAAAUGACACGUGGUGAACAUGAAUGGUAUGCUAGUGGAACGAUUAUUGCCAUGAAGUGGAAGGACAAUAAUGCUGUUCAUUUGUUAUCAAACUUCCACAAUCCUAUGGAAGUUGAACAAGUGAUGAGAAGAUCAAGAACUGGAGAGAGAAUUGUUUAUAGAUUUCAUAUUUUUCCAGUAAGUCCACCUUCAAAGCUUUGGGUUGGUGAUGAAUAA